AUGAGAAAAAAGAAAUUUGGUCAAGGAGUUGAGAAUGAGGUCGAGGCAUUAAGGAAUGCCUAUAGUAUAAUCAAAUAUGUGGCAAAAUGGAAACGAAAAGCAAGACUUGCAAGAGAAAGAAGAGCAGCUGAGGCGGCAGCUUUAGCUGCUGAAACACAAGGAAAUAAUCGUUUAUCUAUUGGAGGAGAACUUUCUUCACAAAUUCCGAAUAAUUCUGACAAUGCUGGUACUUCUAGAAUUAGGCUUGGACCUUUAAAAUUAGGUGGUCUAAGAAGGCCUUCAACAAAUAUAUUUGGUGGUUCAAGCAGUUUAAGUGCCCGUCCAAAAUCGGCCCUUGGAAGGAGACAAAUUGAAAGAGAAAAGAAUUCAUUACCUCCAAUGCGUACUCCAAGGGAUCCACAACAACAAGAAUCUGCUUCUGAUAUUGACAAAACUUCCCUUGAUGAAAGAUUACCUAAUGGAAUUCCUGGAAAUGGUUCAAUACCUUUAGGAAAACCAAAAUCUACUAUUGUAAUCACACCAAGUUCACCAACACCCUCCAUUCUGCAGCAGCAUCGAAUUCUUCCUCCUUUAAGAAUGCCUGAUGUUGAGGAAGAAGGAAUAGAAAAUAAUAAUAAUGACGGAGAUAUUGGAGGAAGUAAUAAUAGACAAGCAUUAAGAAGAAAUAGUGAAAAUAAUUCAGAAGUAAAUAUUAGAGGUGGAGGAAGUAGAAGUUUAAUUGGAAGAUUUCGACGAGGAGCGUAAGUUUCUUUUUUUUGCUUUAUUAUUUUGAAUGUACUCUGAAAUACUUACAAUUAGUUUCUUAUUCCUUACAUGAGUAUCGCUUAGGAGGCUCCCCCACCCAAUAGCCAACCGGAUUUAAAAGUAUUUUAAAUUGGGGGGUAUGUUUUAUAUUUAGUAAGGUCCGAUCGCUUUUUCCUCUUUUUAUUAAAUUUUCUCUUUUUAGAAGAGUAGCUCCUGGAAACGAAGAUAUAGCUUUACAAGAACAUCCAAAUAUACAACAACCAAGAAGAUUUCAACAAAGAGAACAACAAGA